CCGGGGAGGGUGUCUGAUUUCCCGGAAGCGGCUCCAGAACUGUGCUGCUGAGCCGGGGAAGCAGCUGCUGCCCGGCAGCCCCAAGCCUGUUGCACGCCGCGGGCCGGGCACAGAGCGGCCGAGCCAGCGGCAAUAGCAGGUGACAGAGCAGCGGCAGGGGGAUGGAGGCACCGCGGCGGGAGGAGAAGUCCAACCCCCUGCGGGCUGCCAACUUCUGCUCCCGGCUCUUCUUCUGGUGGUUGAAUCCUUUAUUUGUUACUGGUCACAAACGAAAGCUUGAAGAAGAUGAUAUGUAUAAAGUACUGGCUGAAGAUGCAUCAGAGAGGGUUGGAGAGGAGUUGCAAUGGUACUGGGAUAAAGAGGUGCAAAAAGCUAAAAAAGAAGCAAGAACGCCCCAUUUAACAAAAGCAAUCCUACUUUGUUAUUGGAAAUCCUAUUUAGCUUUGGGAUUUUUCACAUUGAUCGAGGAAACACUCAAAGUAAUUCAACCCGUCUUUUUGGGAAAAAUUAUUAAUUAUUUUGAAUUUUUUGAUCCUCUUGAUACUGCUGCUUUGAAUUUUGCCUACGGCUAUGCAGCUGCUUUGUCUGUAUGUACAUUGAUUUUAGCCAUAACCCACCACUUGUACUUUUAUCAUGUACAACGGGCUGGCAUGAAAUUGAGAGUAGCGAUGUGUCACAUGAUUUAUCGGAAGGCACUUCGUCUCAGUAACACAGCUCUGGGAAAAACUACCACAGGUCAAAUAGUAAAUCUUUUAUCAAAUGAUGUGAACAAAUUUGAUCAGGUAACGAUUUUCUUACACUUUUUAUGGGCUGGACCACUUCAAGCUAUAGCAGUAACUGCACUUCUCUGGAUUGAAAUAGGCCCAUCAUGCUUUGCAGGAAUGGCAAUUCUGAUUAUUCUACUUCCUUUACAAACCUGUAUUGGGAGGUUGUUUUCUUCACUAAGGAGUAGAACUGCAGCCUUGACAGAUGUCCGGAUUAGGACAAUGAAUGAAGUCAUAACUGGUAUGAGGAUAAUAAAGAUGUAUGCCUGGGAAAAAUCAUUUUCAGAACUAGUUAGCAGUAUAAGAAGGAAGGAGAUUUCCAUGGUUCUUAAAAGCUCCUAUCUUCGAGGAUUGAACUUGGCAUCAUUCUUUGUUGCAAGCAAAAUAACAGUUUUUAUGACUUUCAUGACAUAUGUACUGCUUGGCAAUGUUAUUUCUGCAAGUCGGGUGUUUGUGGCAGUGUCACUGUAUGGUGCAGUGAGACUGACUGUCACUCUCUUCUUCCCUGCGGCUGUUGAGAGAGCAUCUGAGGCAAUGAUCAGCAUACGACGAAUCAAGAACUUUCUAAUACUUGAUGAGGUUUCACAGUUCAAUCUGCAAUUGGAGAAUAGCAACGAAAAUGUCCUACUUCAUGUUCAAGACUUGACUUGUUAUUGGGAUAAGAGUUUGGAAAUCCCAACCCUUCAGCAACUUUCUUUUACUGUCAGACCAGGUGAAUUAUUGGCUGUGAUUGGCCCUGUAGGAGCUGGGAAAUCAUCUCUCUUAAGUGCUGUCCUCGGCGAACUGCCUAAAGAUAAAGGUUUGAUGGAUGUUAGAGGAAGAAUAGCCUAUGUUUCUCAACAGCCAUGGGUAUUUCCUGGCACCGUGAGAAGUAAUAUACUCUUUGGUAGAGAAUAUGAGAAGGAAAAGUAUGAAAAAGUUCUAAAAGUUUGUGCUCUUAAAAAAGACAUGAAUUUGUUAGAAGAUGGUGACCUAACUGUGAUAGGAGAUCGUGGAGCUACAUUGAGUGGUGGUCAGAAAGCCCGUGUAAAUCUUGCCAGAGCAGUGUAUCAAGAUGCAGACAUCUACCUCUUGGAUGAUCCACUGAGUGCAGUAGAUGCAGAAGUUAGCAGACACUUGUUUGAAAAGUGUAUUUAUCAGGCCUUGCACCAAAAGGUCUCUAUUUUAGUGACUCAUCAGUUGCAGUACCUCCAUGCUGUAAACCAGAUUUUGAUUUUAAAAGAGGGUAAAAUGGUGGGGAAAGGGACCUAUUCAGAGUUCCUGAGUUCUGGAAUCGAUUUUGCUUCCCUUUUGAAAAAAAAUGAAGAGGUUGAACAGUCACCAAUUCCUGGAAUCUCCACUAUGACGUCAGCAAGGAACCGUACCUUUUCACAGUCCUCUGUCUGGUCACAAGAUUCCUUGGUGCAGUCACAGAAAGAUGGAGCAGUAGAACAGCCACCUACUGAACCUUUGGUGACUGCACUGCCAGAAGAGAGCCGGUCUGAGGGAAAAAUAAACUUCAAGAUUUACAGGAAAUAUUUUGCUGCUGGAGCAAACUACUUUGUAAUUUUUAUACUUUUACUUCUAAAUAUUUUGGCACAGGUUGCUUAUGUGCUUCAGGAUUGGUGGCUUUCAUACUGGGCAAAUCAGCAAGAAAAGCUGAAUGUCACAUCACAUGGAAAUAAUGGAAUAAAUGAGACUAGACAUCUAGAUCUCAGCUUCUAUUUAGGAAUUUAUGCAGGUUUGACGGUGACUACAGUACUGUUUGGCAUAGUGAGAAGUCUGUUGGUAUUCACAGUUCUUGUGAAUGCUGGUCAAACUUUGCACAACAAAAUGUUUCAAUCACUUUUGAAAGCUCCAGUGUUGUUCUUUGACAGAAACCCUAUAGGGAGAAUCUUAAAUCGUUUCUCCAAAGAUAUUGGCCAUCUGGAUGAUUUGCUUCCACUGACAAUUUUGGACUUCAUACAGACUCUCCUACAGAUUUUUGGCGUGGUAGCUGUGGCUGUGGCAGUGAUUCCUUGGAUACUCAUCCCUUUAGUUCCACUUUGUAUUCUUUUCAUUUUUCUUCGACGGUAUUUCUUAGACACAGCGAGAGAUAUUAAACGUCUGGAGUCCACAACACGAAGUCCAGUAUUCUCCCACUUGUCAACAUCUCUCCAGGGACUUUGGACAAUUCGUGCUUUCAAAGCAGAGCAAAGAUUCCAAGAAUUAUUUGAUGCUCACCAAGAUCUUCACUCAGAGGCUUGGUUUCUGUUUUUGACUACCUCCCGAUGGUUUGCUGUGAGGCUGGAUGCCAUCUGUGCCAUCUUUGUUAUAGUGGUUGCCUUUGGUUCCCUGUUUCUCGCAAACACUCUGGAUGCAGGACAGGUUGGCUUGGCAUUGUCCUAUGCAAUCACACUCAUGGGAAUGUUCCAGUGGGGAGUUAGGCAAAGUGCUGAAGUUGAAAAUCUGAUGAUCUCAGUAGAAAGAGUAAUGGAAUACACAGAACUUGAAAAGGAAGCUCCUUGGGAGUCCAACAAACCUCCACCAGCUGAAUGGCCAAGCCAAGGAGUGAUAGCCUUUGAAAAUGUUAAUUUCACUUACAGCUUAGAUGGACCCUUGGCGUUGAGGCACUUGUCUGUUCUAAUUAAAUCAAAAGAAAAGGUUGGAAUUGUGGGAAGAACAGGAGCUGGAAAGAGCUCUUUGAUAGCAGCCCUCUUUCGGUUGGCUGAACCCAAAGGACGAAUUUGGAUUGAUAAGUACUUAACAUCAGAACUGGGACUUCAUGACUUGCGGAAGAAAAUUUCAAUCAUACCUCAGGAGCCCGUUCUGUUCACUGGAACUAUGAGAAAAAACUUAGAUCCUUUCAAUGAAUACACUGAUGAAGAGCUGUGGAAUGUCUUGGAAGAGGUGCAACUGAAGGAGGCUGUGGAAGAACUUCCUGAUAAAAUGGAGACACAGUUGGCAGAAUCUGGAUCUAAUUUUAGCGCUGGUCAGAGACAGCUCGUGUGCCUUGCCAGGGCAAUUCUCAAAAAAAAUCAAAUUCUGAUUAUUGACGAAGCAACAGCAAAUGUGGACGCAAGAACGGAUGAGUUGAUUCAAAAGACAAUCCGUGAAAAGUUUGCCCAGUGCACUGUGCUGACCAUUGCACACAGGUUGAACACCAUUAUCGACAGUGACAGGAUUAUGGUUUUAGAUGCAGGAAGACUAAAAGAAUAUAAUGAGCCAUACAUUUUGCUACAAGAAAAAGAGAGCCUGUUCUACAAGAUGGUGCAACAAGUGGGCAAGGCUGAAGCUGCAGCUCUGAUUGAAACAGCAAAACAGGUCUACUUCAGUAAAAAUUACCCAGAAGUUAUUCAGAAUGGUCAAGUUGUCACACAUUCUUCAAUAGAUGCUGCCUCAGGAUUAAUCUUUUGUGAAACUGCACUGUGAUCCAGCGUAGACAUGAUAGCUUUCUAUAGAAUGCAAACCGGAAAUCAUUUAAACUGGAUGACUGACAGUGUUUAGAGUGGAGCUUUUUGCACUAGACAACAAUCAUAUUUCAUAUUAAGAAAAAUAUUUCAUCUAGCUCUUUCUUUAAUUUUAGUGCAAUACAUUUAUCAUUUCCAUCUAAAUAAAUUUCCAUUGCUAAAGGAAUUAGGCAGACCUGUUUUUUGUUUUGUUUUGUUUUUUGAAAGUUACAUGGUAGAGACUUUCAUAUUUAAAUCACAGAUGCAGGGCAUCUAACAAUUCUGGGGUGCAGUUUUAGAGGUUAUUAGAAAACCUGAAGUUUCUCUAUUUUCCCAUUUGGAAAGCAUGUAAAAUCAAUUUGUUUAGUGUCACUUUAAAAUUUGUCUUACAGCAGUUUUGAUAAUAUAACACACCAUUUUCUAAUGCAGUACUUAUUAUAUACUCCAUCUUUUUAAAGCAGUUUUACAAACUGGCAGAAACAAGAACUGAACCAACCAAAAAUACAUUUUUAUAGAGAUAAGUUCACAUAUUGUUAUAAAUAUAAAUUUUUAAAUUAAAAUGUAAUACAGGUAUGGUCUGUGGAAAUUAACGUAAAAAUUUCAGUUUUCCUUUGCUGAGAUCCAAAUGCUGAAAAUCAAUAUCAAGCUACUGUAUUUUAGAAGAAAAUGGUCACAUUUUGCUUAUAUUUUGCAGUGCACCAAUAUUUUAAUAAUUUAAUAUACAUUCCUCUUUUUAUCCAGGUAAUCAAAUAAAAAAGUAUUAAAAUAACUAGAGGAAAUACUUAUUGAAAGACUUGUCAUCAGUAAACACUAUGUAGUGGAAAGUUAUCUUCUGCAAAACACAUUGUGAAAAUUUAUACAUUAUUUGCAUUUAUUGUGCCUUAAUACAAUUCAAGCCAAAUCUUCACCUGCAGGGUACACAGCAAAUUCAUUAAAUAUACUUUUUUAUUUUACUGUUUUAAAUUAAUGCAUUUAAAAAAUUUGCAUCAAGAAUUCUGUUUAAAUGAAGCUUCGUGAAGUUGCCAUUUCAGCGCUCAUGGAUAGAAAAAUAUCACUUGUAAUUUUGACAGGUUUCAGAGUGGUAGCCGUGUUCGUCUGUAUCAGCAAAAACAACGAGGAAUCCUUGUGGCACCUUAGAGACUAACAAAUGUAUUUGGGCAUAAGCUUUCAUGGGCUAAAACCCACUUCAUCAGAUGCACGGAGUGAAAAAUACAGUAAGCAGUAUAAAUAUUACAACACAUGAAAAGAUGGGAGUUGCCUUACCAAGUGGGAGGUCAGUGCUGGAAACUGGACACCAUCAAGUUAGGCCUGAAUAAAGACUGGGAGUGGAUGGGUCACUACAAAAAGUAAUUUUCCUUCUGCUGAUACUCACACCUUCUUGUCAGCUGUUGGAAAUAGGCGACAUCCACCUUGAUUGCAUUGGCCUUGUUAGCACUACAUAAGUAAUUUUCCUUCCCUUGAUAUUCACCCCUUCUUGUCAACUGUUGAGAAUAGGCCGCUUCCACCUUAAUUGAAUUGGCCUCGUUAGCACUGACCCCCCUCCCCAAAUUUUUUAGUCUCUAAGGUGCCACAAGGACUCCUCGUUGUUUUUGUAAUUUUGGUGCCCCUACUGAUUUUGAGAAGAAUUUAAGGAAAGAGAUCUGUAUUCUGUGUUAAUAAGUUAGGUCCUGAUCCAGUAAAGGACUUAGCAUGUAGUACUGUUGUGGAUGUGUCCUGCCAGCCACACCCAUUUAUGCCAAGGUUCAAAAUAGAGACCAGCUGCACAGAUCUCUGCUCUGUGACAUUCAAAGGGUUGCAGCAUCCCUGGAUGUGGGUUCUUUGUGGUAUGGGCUACCUGCAUAGCAGAAAUGAUCCAUUUCCGCUGCAGUUUGUUUGCAUUUACCCAUCUACACAGGUGUGGCAUCUGGCUCCUAGUAACACUCUUUUAUUGUUAUCAUGAAGUUCCAAAGUGAAAUACUUUUCUGCUUGAGCAGAUUCUGACACCCUUCCUCCACAAUUACUCCCAUUAAAUUCAAUAGGGCGACAUUUGAUAGGGUGCUAUUUAACAUAAGGGUCUCACAUUCAGGCCCUUUUAUUGGGCUGAGUCUAAUCUCACCUAACCCUGUUUUACAGUGGUGCAAUUCUAUGGCCUUGCAUGGAUUUAUGUCUUGGGUUUACAACAAGAUAAGAGGAGAGUCAUGCAUACUGUGUGUGAUAUGCUGGAGUUUUUAAACAUACUACAAAAGUGCAGGCAUCUGGCCAUAUUGUACUGUGAAUCUAUGCCCAUCAUUUCCAUCAAUAUUCAGGAAAAUCAUGUGCAUGGAUCAAGGGUAUAAUGUGGCUCUAGGCCAUUUCAGCCAAAAAUACUUCUAUGUUAUAUUUGAGAGAAGAAUCCAAAGUUUUUAGGUUCUGCCGACUCACUGGCAUGAAAGCUAGACAGAUCUUGCUAUAUCAGACUCUCAACUAGUAUACUUUACUUAGAAUUAAUUUGCUACUGUAGCUUUUUGAAUGCACGCAAAAAUGUUAGGCAUCUAUGAGAAUGCUGAUUAUGCUGUAUAACGUGUUUUGACAGGACAAUACUGGCAAUAUGUCUCAAAUGUCAAUGUCAUAGAAAUCAAACUGAAAACCUGUGUAAGUUGUUGAACAGGACAACUGGUAUGUUCAUUUCUAGUAACUUCUCUCAUUGCCAUUAAAUCCACAUUGUACUCUUUUAAAAAAUAGUUCAGCUAAAUAAUGCAGGUUAGAUUUAAUCAAUAAAUCAUUGUUCAGUUUUUUUCUUAACAUCUGUUGCUGUUUUGUUUUAACAAUUAUGUAGGGUAACGUUGGCUGGUCCAUUUAUUUUCAGAUGAGUAAAAAUGUAUCAGUGCACCUUAUUGUUAACAAUCAAAUUUACGGCUUAGCGUUUAAGUAAAGUGUGGGAGGGAAUUGGCCUUCCAUUUGUUGGGUCUCUUGACUGUUAAAUGUACAUAGUAUUGUUCCAGAUAAGCCUUUUACAUAUCCAUUUCAGGUAGAAUUCAACUGAACAGUUCUCACAUCCACAUUUGAAAAUAUUCUUAAUUUACUUACAAGCAGCAAAGCUGGGUCAUUGUGAUCUACAUUCCUUAAUAGGAAUCUCUUGGAAAUGAGUUCCAUCUUCUGAGUUAUUAAAGCCUUUUAAAACAACUUCUUCACCAUCAGCUGCCUUAAAAUUCUCUAGAAUCUUCAUUCUAAUAUAGACUAUUUCAAAUACAACAACUCUGAAGUCACCAGUGCAUAGGUUUAUUUGUUGGGAAGGAGACUAAGAGCAACCCCUGGUUCCGAUCUAAAUAAUUGUAAUUUCGACAAAUGACAGUCAUGGCGUAUCUGAUAUCAUCUGUUUGUACAAAAUAGACAAAUUGUGGAAGAAUAAACACCAUAAGGAGGAAGAUUGCACAGAAUUCUUUUAAAUAAUGUUUGUCCCUGGGUCCGGUGGACCUUGUGGCAAUGUUCUGUUGAAUUCCCUGCACCAAGGUCUCACUCUUAAGGUAGAUCUACGCUGAAGUGCAGCAAUACCAGCAUGCCCAGUCCUUGAAAGAGGCCAUCACUUUCUUUGAUCAAGAUCAGUUUUUUCUGGUUGUCUGAGUAAUUGUUGACUGGUUCCAGUAAACUUUCCAGCCUAUGGUUAGAAAAAUAGUGGUAUGAUGCAUAUGGAUAAAAUUGUGGGGAAAUGGAAGAUUCUUAGGACUCCCAAAAAUGGUAUAGAGACCUCCCUGAAAAGUAUUGCUUUUCAGAUUGCCUGGUCUCUCUCCCCCACAAAAAUCUGACCUUUUCAUAUUUGUUUUCACUCUUCUUUUUAAAAAAAGACUAAAUAUUUCCUCUGAUGAGGGUGAACUUCUGAUAUUUUAACAGAAGAAUGUGGAUUUCUACAUACCCUUUAGUUUUUCUUGGAAUUUGUGUAAUGACUGUUAGAUUGUUAUGGCCAUAGAAGGGUUUUUAGUUGACUGUAUGGUAUGACGUAUUGCUGUGUGAAAAAAGUGGGAUGAUAAAAUCCUCAAAAGUAUGUGUAACCCUGUUGUAAUGAUCACACAUAUUAUCAUGUAAAGACACAAAUGCAGUAUUGCACUUGAAAUAAUUUGUAUUGUGGCACUAUCCAGAGGCCUCAACCAAGAUCAGGGCCCCUUACAGUUGUGUUCGAUGCUAUAAAAACACAUGGUAAGAAACGGUCCCUUCCCCAGAGGGUUUACAGCCUAAACAGACCAGAUGGACAAAGGGUCGGAGGAGAAACAGAUAUUUGCACUAUCUGUCACUGCCCUGACUCCAGAAGAGUGUUCUGAGUCAAGAGGGCCUUGGUGAUAAGGAGCCUGGAUGGAAGGGAUGAUGGACUGAGGUUAACGCUGCCCCCUACUCCUGACAUUGAGGAUGCUGGUGUGAAGGCUCAUUUGUGCAACAUGUUCCCCUUUGGAAUGAAUAAACUAGACCCCUGAAGGGGUUCAAUAUGUAUCAGCCUCACUGAACUUAUUGAAAGCACACUAAGGGAAACCAAAGCAGAGACACAACCUUGGUUCUGCCACAGGCUGCCAGACAUUGCUCCAGCUGUGAGUGCCUACCAUUACACCUGUUUGUUGUUGGGAUGUUUACUAUAUUAAUAUAUUGAUUUAGUUUAAUAGCAGGCUUUAAGCAAACAAGCAGGAAGAAAGGAAUGAAUUCAAAAUGACCUUGACAAAUUGGUGAAUUGGUCUGAAACCAGCAAGAUGAAAUUCAUUAAAGACAAGUGCAAAGUACUAUAUUUAGGAAGGGAAAAAAAAUUGAAAGCACAAAUACACCAUGGGAAAUAACUGGCUAGGAAGUAAUACUGCUGAAAAGCAUCUGGAGGUUUAGUAGAUCACAAGUUGAUUAUAAGCCAGCAAUAUGAUGCAGUUGUGAAAAAGGCUGUUGUGACAAUCAAGGUCCAGACACCCAAAGGGGAGUAUGGGGGGGUCUGAACCCUGCAAAAUAAGCUAUCGAAUCAACUGGUUGUAGACACUGUUAUUCUGUAUGUAAAGUAUGCCAACUAAGGUCUUUUGUGAAAACUUGUAAUGUCCUGAACUUGAUGGCCAUUAGGAGAUAUGUAUACAGGCUAUGGUUUUGAAUUGAUGCAUGUAUUUAUGUGUAGAAAAUUGUAAUUGUGCCCAUAGAGACAGGCUGGGAGGGCACCUCCCAGGCAGGUGUUCACACUCUGAGCACCUAGCAUUGUUCAGGUAGGAGGAGACAAUGGUGGACCAUUAAAAUGAAUGGGAAAAACACUGAAACAACUUGAAACGGAAAAGAAAACCCCAUUCUGGGAAACCCCACCCCUGUUCUGUGUGAUCAUGAAUUACCAUAGUCCUGAGGAAAAGAAAGAAAACCCUGCAAACUCUGUUAAAAGGCAAGGGAAGUGAAGGCUAUCCACAAAUGAAGGGUCAGCAAUUAAGCAGGGUGCUUUCCAUGAAGCACUGGAUCCCUCUAGGACAGAGGACCUGCUGGAAAACCGUUCAGAGGCAAUAGGUAACUUGUAUUAACCAAGGGAAUUUAGCUCAGAGAGAAAUGUAAAGCCUCAGAUUUUGUCUUUCUGUUCUGUGUGACUUGUAUGUGUUUUGGCUUUCCUUACUAUUGCAGCUUGGAAUCUGUGAUGUGUUGUUGUUUUUUUUUCUAUUAAACAAACUUUUUGUUUA